CCUCUUUCUGGCUCGUCAUCACUACGGAACUGAACUCGCUUCAUUACGAUUCCGUGGUGAAUAUAUUCAUAUUAUAGAUCUGUAAAUCUGUCAGAAACCGUGAAUAGAGCUCAUCUGUGCAAGUGACUUUAAAAGCCAUCACCUUUGUUUUGUGGAUCAUUUGAAGGUAAUAAUCAAACCAGUGCAGCAGGUGAAUCUGGGCACCAUAUACAAGUAAUCGCACCUGAUGCCCGUCUGCGCUGACAGCGUCCCGCUCCAGUGACCCACGAUGAAAGCUCUGAUCUUGGUUGGUGGCUAUGGCACCAGGUUACGGCCGCUCACGCUCACUGUGCCCAAACCUCUGGUUGAGUUCUGCAACAAACCCAUCCUGCUGCAUCAGGUGGAGGCUCUGGUCAAGGCUGGAGUCCGUCAUGUGAUUUUGGCUGUGAGCUACAUGUCUGAGCUGUUGGAGCGAGAGAUGAGAGCUCAGGAGCAGAGGCUUGGAAUAAAAAUCUCGCUUUCACAUGAGAAGGAACCUCUAGGCACUGCUGGUCCUCUGGCUUUGGCGCGAGAGCUGCUGACCGAUAACGAGGAGCCUUUCUUCGUUCUCAACAGUGACGUCAUCUGUGAUUUUCCCUUCGACGACAUGCUGAGGUUCCACCAGCAGCAGGGCAGAGAGGGCACCAUUGUCGUGACAAAAGUGGAAGAGCCAUCUAAGUAUGGUGUGGUGGUGUAUGAAGGAGACACUGGACGAAUACACCGCUUUGUGGAGAAGCCGCAAGUGUUUGUCUCCAACAAAAUCAAUGCUGGGAUGUACAUCUUUAGCCCUGCCAUGCUGAGAAGAAUCCAGUUGCGGCCCACGUCCAUUGAGAAGGAAAUAUUUCCUGUGAUGGCCGAGGAGGGACACCUUUAUGCCAUGGAGCUGCAAGGUUUCUGGAUGGACAUUGGCCAGCCCAAAGACUUCCUGACAGGCAUGUGCAUGUACCUGCAGUCUGUUCGGCAGCAGGCCCCCGAGCGGCUCCGCAGCGGGCCAGGCUUCCUCGGAAACGUUCUCGUGGACCCAACGGCGGUGAUCGGUGAAAACUGUACCAUCGGGCCCAAUGUGACGAUCGGGGCCGGAGUGGUUCUGGAGGAUGGCGUGAGAGUAAAGCGCUGUACCGUCCUGAAGGGGGCGCACAUACGCUCCCACUCCUGGCUGGAGUCCUGCAUUGUGGGGUGGAGCUCUUCAGUGGGGCAGUGGGUGCGGAUGGAGAACGUUACGGUCCUGGGUGAAGACGUGAUCGUGAACGAUGAGCUCUACAUCAACGGUGCCAAUGUCCUGCCUCAUAAAUCCAUCGCAGACUCUGUUCCUGAGCCGCGGAUCAUCAUGUGAAGGACCUUCACGCCCCUCACGAAGUGCCCGAGUGUGUAACCGCUGGAUGACAGGAGAAUUGACCGCUGUGUGCUUAAUGAGCAUGAUGGGAAUGCUGUUAUUUGUGAGGAAUCUGAAGUAUGCAGUUACUGACUGUGGUGUUUGAAAAAGUGCUGCCGCAGGAAAAAUCACAUCUGUAGUAGAUGAUCUCCAGCUGACAUGCUGCAUCGCACAUUUCUGACCCGUCAAGUGCUGUUUUUAUUUGCCUCUGUCUGCAUUGUGUUCCCUAUUACUGACAAUUAGACCAGGACUCACCUUGCUUUGGUGCAUUUUGUUGAUUUUGAGACACUAGUUAGCUGUCUAGUUUGUAUUCUUUUCAUUGUGUUUUUCCAUUUAUUAAAGGAGACAUGUAAUGCUUUCAGGAUAAAACUCGGUGCCUGUAGAAAGAAUGAGAAGUAUGUUUAUGUAUCAAAUGAUGCAAUAGCUGAUUACUGUAAAGACUGUUCACACCUAAAACUUGUAGUGUGUACUAAAUUAUGCAAAUCAUUUUUUUAUUCAGCGCUCAAGGUCAUGCAGAAAUGUGAUGGUUACUUCCUGUGCAGAUUAACAAAGAUGAAAAAGACAUUCAAGACUCAUGAAGUGAUGUCUCUGUACACAAAUGAGGAUUUUUGGUCUUGAUGUCUUUUCUAUAAAGAAAGUUACAUGAAACAGAUUUUUGGCUUUUCUUAUGAGCUGUUUUAUACUGAAAAGCAAUUUAAACCAUUUUAACACAGUUUAAAGUUACCUGUGACCUUUUGGGAUGUAAACAGAAAUAAGACAGUAAUGUUUCAUGGAU